CGGUGCCUGCGGAGCCCGCCGCCAUGUCCACCCCCGCCAAGCGGCGCUGCCGCAGCCCCGCUGAUUCCCUCAACUCCAGCUUCCAGAAGCGCCUCAGGAAGAUCUCUAUCGAGGGGAACAUCGCUGCAGGAAAGUCUACAUUUGUCAGGCUACUAGAGAAACACAGUGAUGAGUGGGAGGUAAUCCCUGAACCUAUUGCCAAGUGGUGCAACAUUCAGACAGCUGAGGAUGAGUAUGAGGAACUUUCAACAUCUCAGAAGAGUGGAGGAAAUCUACUGAAAAUGUUGUAUGAUAAACCCACAAGAUGGGCUUAUACAUUUCAGACUUAUGCUUGCUUGAGCCGUGUAAGAGCACAAUUAAAACCCAUCUCAGCCAAGCUACAUGAAGCAGAACACCCAGUGCAGUUUUUUGAGAGAUCUGUGUACAGUGACAGGUAUGUGUUUGCUUCUAAUCUGUUUGAAUCCGGAAACAUCAAUGAAACAGAAUGGGCUGUUUAUCAGGACUGGCAUACAUGGCUGUUGAAUCAGUUUGAAUCUGAUAUAGAACUAGAUGGUAUGAUCUACCUAAGAACCACGCCUCAGAAAUGCAUGGAAAGGCUGCAGAUGAGAGGAAGAGAAGAGGAACAAGGAAUUGAGCUUGAGUAUUUGGAAAACCUCCACUAUAAACAUGAAACCUGGCUUCAUGAAAGAACUAUGAGAGUUGAUUUUGAAAACCUUAAAGAGAUUCCCAUUCUAGUUUUGGAUGUUAAUGAAGAUUUUAAAAAUGAUAAGAUUAAACAGGAGUACCUGAUGGAGAAGGUCAAAUCUUUUCUGACUUUUUAAAAGAUGUGAAGAUCAGUGUAAGUGACCAGUCCCAGGAGUUCAAGAGUUGUGCUCAGGCAAUUUACUUCAACUAACUGGAUGUAUUAUCUGUAUGCCUUAUUAAGCAUUUCCCUAAAAGGAAGCGUACAAGGGUGUUUUUUGCUUGUAUGAACCGAGUAAUUUUGCUAGAAGUCUGUGUAGUUUGAAGAAAAAAGGUGCUUUAAAAAGUGUACUUCAUGUAUAUGCAUUGCUUUUUUAAUA